CCUCUUAUUUUAUGCAAAUCAAAGAUUCUUCCCCAAAACUCAUUUCGCUUCAGUUGUUCACUGCUACUGUUGCCACUCACAGUCACAGACAUUCCUCAAAACCCUAACAUCCCAACCCAACCCAACCAUGAACCACCACGACGACCCUCGAAACGGUGCCGACGAGCCCAACCACCGCCACCCCAAAAAACCACGGCUGCCCCAGCCCAUCUCAGAACCCGAGAUCCGGGAGGAAUUCUCCCACCACCAACCAAACGUCGCGCGGAUCAACAACGGCAGCUUCGGCAGCUGCCCCCGCUCCGUCCUCACCGCCCAGAACGCCUGGCAGCUCCGCUUCCUCCAGCAACCCGAUGACUUCUUCUUCAACACCCUCCGCAACGGGAUCCUCGCCUCACGCACCGUCGUCAAGGACCUCAUCAACGCCGACGACGUCAAUGACGUCUCACUAGUCGACAACGCCACCACCGCCGCCGCCAUUGUCCUCCAGCAGAUCGGCCGCCUCUUCGAACGCGGCACCUUCCGCCAAAACGACACCGUCAUCAUGUUCCAUUGCGCCUACCUAGCUGUCAAGAAAUCCAUCGAAGCCUACGUCAUUCCCGCCGGUGGCUCCGUCGUUGAGGUUCAGCUUCCGUUUCCGGUUCGCUCCGACGAAGAAAUUGUUGCUGAGUUCAAGAAGGGGAUUGAAAGAGGUAAAAUCAAUGGUGGUAGGGUUAGGUUAGCGAUAAUUGAUCAUAUAACUUCGAUGCCUUCCGUUGUUCUACCUGUUCGCGAGUUGAUUAGGGUUUGCAGGGAGCAAGGUGUGGACCAGGUUUUCGUCGACGGUGCUCACGCCAUUGGGAGCUUGCGAGUUGAUGUUAAGGACAUUGGGGCGGAUUUCUAUGUGAGCAAUUUGUACAAGUGGUUUUUCUCGCCACCUGCGGUGGCUUUUCUUUACUGUAAAGGGAAAUCAAGUGAUGUGCAUCACCCUGUGGUUUCGCAGGAGUAUGGGAAGGGGUUACCGGUGGAGAGUGCGUGGUUGGGAAUGCGGGACUAUAGCCCCCAGCUUGUGGUGCCGUCGAUUUUGGAGUUUGUGAAUCGAUUUGAAGGUGGAAUUGAAGGGAUUAUGAGGAGGAACCAUGAUGGGGUUGUUAAGAUGGGGACUAUGUUGGCUGAGUCUUGGGGAACGAAUCUCGGGUCGCCUCCUGAAAUGUGUGCCAGCAUGAUAAUGGUGGGUUUGCCUUCCAGGCUGUGUGUGUUGAGUGAUGAUGAUGCAUCAAGGUUAAGGUCGUACCUCAGGGUCUAUCAUGCUAUUGAAGUUCCCAUUUACUAUCAGGCUUUGAGAGAUGCUGAGAGGGAUCCCAGGGACAAGGAUGGGAUUAUAACUGGAUAUGUUCGGAUAUCGUAUCAAGUUUAUAACAAGGAUGACGAUUAUCAUAGGCUUAAGAAUGCAAUUAAUCAGCUUUUGGAGGAUAGAAAAAUUUGCAGUGACCUUGUUCAGGAGUGAUAGAAAAAAGGGAGAAAGAAAAUGAGGUAUAGCUUUCCCUCACCCCUGGCCUGCUUUUGAUUAUGAAUUAGAUUUAGCUUCCGGGCCACAUUUUACGAGUGUGCCCAUAUUGUUGUUGUUCUGCUUCUGCAUCCUAUAGAUUUUGUAAAAUACAAUAAGUGUAGACAGAAUUUCUAUGGAAUCCUUGAAAAUUGAAGGAGCAUUUCUACUCUUA